AUGGAUUCAGAAACGAUUGAACAGCGCCUUGCUCCUUACCUCUCAACGCGGUCGAUCCUUGUUUAUCCUAUCACUACACUUUCGGUGAUGUUUCUGUUAUAUGGUAUUUCCGUUACAAGUUCCAAGAAGUUCCGUAGCUCACCCAAUCUAUACCUUCCAGGUUUAUACAUCCCCUUAUUCGGCCUAUCCAUCCGUAUUCUUUGGCGGCGCAAUAACGCAAUCUCCAAGCUAUACCUAGGAUUCGUCAUUACUCUCUUUGUGUUAGCAACGCUCGACAACGCUUGUGUGGCCGCGCAACUGAUUCGGCAAGCCCUUCUAACGCUUUCUGCAGCAAAAACGAAAGACUACGGAGACCUUGUGAGCUACCUUCAUGAAGAUAACGGGAAGACCGCUUUGUCCACCAUUACCAAUUUGACAGACAUUCUAAUGAAUGCCGUCGCAGACUUUAUGCUUGUGCUACUCGAUCUGGGGGUCGAAAAAAAUGAUCUUAUACCCACUUGGGCUUGUUGUCUUUAUUACCAAUGGUAUUGUUUUUUCUUACCUUUCCCCGCCCCUCCGACCGCUCACCAGAUAUGGUUCAAAGGCACUGCUCUGGGAAGCCUCAUUGCGUCGGCGAUUGGAUUCAGCGAUACAAGUGUUCUGUCAAAUGCGAUGCUUUUCGUGAAGGCCAACAGAAUCAAUGAUGGAAGCUGGUUAGCGGUGGCCGCUUGCAACCUCAUAUUGACGUUGUUGAUGGCUGCACGGAUUUGGUGGAUUACGCGCGAGGCAAGGGAGGUAAUGGGGAAGCCGAUAGAAAAUAGGUAUCGGAAGAUUGUAGCUGUGAUUCUCGAGUCCGGCUUUCUCUAUACAAGCACCCUCUUGGUUUCCCUCGUCGUGGGCCUGGAAUUCGAUCCAGACGAUCAUGGUGGUUCCGUGCCGAUUGAUCUCGGAGUCGUUGUUUCUACGAUGUCGGGUAUUGCUCCCACAUUGAUCAUCGUUCGAUUUGCGUAUGGUUUGACAGUGGAUGGACCCGGUAAUUUUGUUCAAACAGGAAGAGUGUCCACGCUACAAUUCGCUACUCGCAGCGACGGCAUGCCGGGGUCUACAAGUGCCAGUACCGAAUCCCCAGUACAGCUACCAACAGAUGGGAAUGGGGACGAUGUCCUGGUAGCGGCAACUGUUCUCGAAAAGGUUUAG